AACCAUCAUUACACUCCAGUACCAGAUAAAGACAGUGAUAAAGAUAAUGUCAAUAAGAGUGGCAAUGAUGAGGACAAGGAAGAGCCUAAACGAGAACCGGCAGCUUUCUUCUCAAUGUUUGCCUAUUCCUCUGGUUUCGACAAAUUACUGAUAUUGAUUGGAACUAUAGCUUCGAUAGCUAUUGGCGGCGGACUGCCGGCACUAAUCAUAUUUAUGGGCGAACUGACCGAUACUUUUGUCAUAUACGAGAUGUAUAACGGAAUGUCCAAAUUGUCGGCCGUAAUCACCGAAAACUAUUACGACACACAUUUGUAUCCGUUUAUACAUUUAAAUGACUCCCAGACCUACUUAGACAACUUGAACCGAGAUUUUCCACAAUUUAGUCUAAAUAUAAUACAAUUGAGACUUAAAUUGGAUAAUAAAUCAUUUGUCGAUAAGUUUGACAAAACGGCUUUCCGUUCGGACAAACAAUUUGAAAAAGAUUUUAUAUCAGAUGCCUAUACAGACAGUUGUUUUAUGUUAGUAGUGGCCGGCGCUUUCCUAGUGGCCGGUUAUAUAAUGGUCGCCACGUUUAGCGCUGCGGCCAACAAUCAAACCCAUAGGAUUAGGAUAUUGUUUUUCAAAGCAAUUUUAAAACAAGACAUCACAUGGUAUGACACGAAAACAUCGGGAGAUUUUGCUACCAAAGUGACGGCUGAUUUGGAUAAAAUUCAAGAAGGGAUUGGAGAUAAGGUCGCUCUCUGUAUAUUCUCGUUUUCAACCGUAUUGUGUUCACUGGGAACUGCUUUUUAUUAUGGAUGGGAACUAACAUUAGUUAUACUAUCGGUUACACCAGUUUUGGUUGUCUCGUUCAGUAUUAUAGGAAAAAUUCAGGCCCGAUAUUCAACAACAGAAGCCGAUUCCUAUGGUAAGGCCGGUGCUGUCGCUGAAGAAGUUUUGGGUGCCGUUCGUACAGUCUAUGCAUUUGGCGGACAAGAAAAAGAAAUUGAAAGAUAUGACCGAAAUCUGGAGCCGGCAAAGAAAAGCGGAAUCCGACGACAAUUGUUUACAGCAUUAGGUAUGGGAACGAUGUGGUUGUGUAUGUACUGUAGUUAUGGACUGGCCUUUUGGUAUGGCGUCCGACUGAUUAUCCGAUCUAUUGAUAACCAUAACAGUCAGUACGAGCCGAGCACUAUGUUGAUAGUGUUUUUCAUGGUCUUAAUGGGAACCUUUAGUAUCGGUCAAACGGCUCCUUAUUUCGAGGCUUUCGCUCAGGCAAGAGGUGCGGCGGCACUGAUAUUUGAAGUCAUGAAUAGAGUACCAGAAAUUGAUAGCAGUUCACGAAAUGGCGAAACAUUUUAUGAUUUUAAAGGACGGGUAGAGUUACGUAAUGCACAUUUUAAUUAUCCGGCCCGAUCUGAUGUACAAGUUCUAAGAGGACUUAGUCUAGUGGCAGAGCCGGGAGAAACGGUAGCUUUGGUCGGUCCCAGUGGUUGCGGUAAAAGUACUGUCAUUCAAUUGAUUCAACGAUUUUACGAUGUCAGCGAUGGAGAAGUUUUGAUUGAUAAUAAAAAUAUUAAAGAUUUGAAUGUCGGUUGGCUUAGGGAUCAAAUUGGUGUCGUUGGUCAGGAACCGGUAUUGUUUGGCUGUUCAAUAGCUGAAAACAUCAAACUUGGUUACAGUUCAGCAAAUAAUAAUGAUAUCGAGUCGGCAGCAAAAGAUGCCAAUGCUUUAGAUUUUAUAAUGCAAUUACCGAAACAGUUUGAUACUCUGGUGGGCGAAAGGGGUUCACAACUGAGUGGUGGACAGAAACAAAGGAUAGCCAUUGCAAGAGCUUUAGUUAGAAAACCAAAGAUUCUUUUGUUGGAUGAGUCGACCAGUGCUUUGGAUAAUCAAAGUGAGUCCAUAGUUCAGGCGGCACUGGACAGGGCUAGUAUUGGACGAACCACUUUUAUUGUGGCCCAUAGAUUAUCUACUGUAAUAAAUGCCGAUAAGAUAAUUGCCAUAAACAAUGGUAUUGUCGAGGAAGUGGGCACUCAUGAAGAACUGAUGCAAAAAGAAGGACUGUAUUAUAAUUUAGUAAAAAGUCAACAAAGAGUUAGCGAAGAAAAUGAUGAUUUAGAUAAUGAAACAGAAGUUUUGGACACAAAUUUGGGUGAAAAACAAUUGCUUUUACGAGAGUUUAGUAUUGAUAGCGAAAAAAACAACAAUGACUUAGAUUUUCGACGAAAAUCAAGUGUUAUUCGUCUACUAAAACCUGAUACCGAAUCGCCAUCAUUGAUACGAUUGUCUCAAUUGUUAAAACCGGAUAAAUAUAUUGUAAUCAUCGGUGCAUUCAUGGCAUUUAUAAUGGGUUUAAUUAUACCGGCGUUUGCCAUAAUAUUUGGCGAAAUAUUGGGCACUCUUUCCAAGUCAUCCAUCGAAGAGAUUCAAGAGGACGUACUCUUGUAUUCACUGUUAUUCGUGGCAAUGGGUAUUGCGUCAGGAAUUGCAUCCUUUCUACAGCUCUAUUUGUUUGGUGUUUCCGGUGAACGGCUAACAAUGAGACUGAGAAAAACGGUAUUAACAGCUAUGUUAAAGCAAGAGAUCGGUUGGUAUGACAUGCAAGAGAACAGUACCGGUGCUCUCUGUUCCCGACUGUCAGCGGAUGCUUCCAGUGUUCAAGGGGCUGCCGGUUCACGUUUGUCUACCCUAUGCCAAGCAGUGUCGACACUUACUGCCGGUUCUUUCAUUUCAUUCUACUAUAGCUGGAAACUGGGAAUAGUUAUCUCGUUUUUCAUACCACUGGUCAUUAUAUCGACUUAUUUUCAAAUGAAGAUCAUCAGCGGUCAGGCAACGGAUGACAAGAAAACACAAGAAGAGGCCACAAGAAUUGCCGUCGAAGCCAUAGGCAGUGUCCGUACCGUUGCAUCACUACAUCAGGAGUCGACAUUUACAACCAAUUAUUCAAAUUCAUUGCAAAAACAGUUUAUUAAAUCGAAAAUACGGGCCCAUCUCCGGGGUAUCACUUUUGGUUUGGCCCAAGGGAUGGGCAACUUUGCGUACGGUAUUGGUUUGCUUUAUGGCAGUAAACUAAUUGUCGACAAAGAGCUAACUUAUGGAAAUCUAUUCAAAGCCGUCGAAGCAAUUAUUUUCGGUACGGCAAUGGUUGGACACUCAGUCGCAUUUGCUCCCGACUAUCUAAAGGGAAAAAUAGCAGCCGUUUAUAUAUUUAAACUAUUGGACAGAAUUCCCAAAAUUAUAGUCAACUCUUUAGCUGGCGAUAAACCGGAUAAAUAUGAAGGAAAUGUUAAUUUUCAGGAAUUAGAGUUUAAAUAUCCGUCCCGUCCGGACCAGAAAAUUUUGAGAGGACUGUCUUUCGAUGUAUCAAAAGGACAAACUGUAGCACUGGUCGGUUCAAGUGGUUGUGGAAAGAGUACUAUAAUUCAAUUAAUACAACGAUUCUAUGAUUGCGAUACCGGAAAUGUGAUAUUAGAUAAUAAAACUAUAUUUAGUCUUAAUAUUCCGUGGCUAAGAAGCAAAUUGGGAAUCGUAUCACAAGAACCGGUACUUUUUGCUUAUAGUAUCGCUGAAAAUAUUGCUUAUGGAGACAAUAGUCGUGUUGUGCCAAUGGAUGAGAUCGUUAGGGCCGCAGAAAAGGCUAAUAUUCAUAAUUUCAUAAAAUCUCUUCCAAUGGGUUACGAGACACCAGUGGGUGAUAAGGGAACACAACUUAGUGGUGGACAGAAACAGAGGAUAGCCAUCGCCAGAGCAUUGAUUAGAGAUCCACAGAUACUAUUGCUGGACGAGGCUACCAGUGCUCUGGACUCGGAAAGUGAAAAAGUGGUACAACAGGCACUUGACGAGGCCAGAGAGGGCCGAACCUGUAUAGUGAUCGCACACCGACUCUCAACCAUACAAAAUGCCGACAAAAUAGUUGUCAUCAAUAAAGGAAAGGUUGUCGAAGAGGGAACUCAUCAACAAUUGUUAGCCAAAAGGGGUGCUUAUUAUAAACUUUAUAGCUUACAAAGUGCUUCAAAUUAA